AAUAAAAAGUUGUUUAGCAUCUAACCAUAUUGAAAACCAAAGUACCAUCAAGACUCUAGAAAUUGAAAGAUUGGAUGCCCAUGGUUUCAAGAGGGAGAGAGAGAGAUGGAGAUAGAGAGAGAUAGCUAUUUGUCUUAGAUGGGAGAUUAUUUGAAAACAAUAGUAUUGAAGCAUAACAAAAACGGUAAGACUAUAAACUUGUCUGAUCAGUUUUGUCAUGACUUAAAAAGCCCACUAGUUAUUUGUUUUUAAUGUUGUUUUUCUCAUCGGUUUCAGCUUUGUUUUACUUUUGAAAACAAGUAAUUAAAUUUAGUAUAAAAAUCAAAAGAUGUUUCUUAAUCUUCUUUCCAUUCAAUAUAAAUAGUCAAAGGAUUGUGCUAUAUGCUCAUCAAUCAAAAUACAAACUCGAUAAAGACUCAUAUAUUUGGAGAAAUCUUUCUUCUACCUUUUUCCUUAUCUCAUAAUGUCUAUUAAACAUGUUUUUUUCUUUAUGGUGUUUGUCUAUGUUGUAGUCUCUGCCAAUGCUCAACUACCCCAGUUUCCCAUCCCAUUUCCUUUUCCACUUCCAUUCCAACCAAGUCCCGGUAUUCCCGGACUACCUGAUGUAGCAAAAUGCUGGUCUUCAGUGAUGGAUAUUCCAGGAUGCAUUAUAGAGAUUUACACAUCCAUACUCACAGGACAAUUCGGACAUAUAGGUCCUUCCUGUUGCAAAGCAUUUUUGGAAGCCGAAGCCAAUUGCUUACCGAAACUUCCAUUCAACCCACUUUUUCCUCUCAAAGAACAAUGUGCAAGAAUUGCUAACACAGCUCCUCCUACCACAAAAUAGAUUUUUACAUUAGUAGAAUUAAUAGCUAUGUCGUUUUUAUUUUUCAAGGUAUUUUAACAUUUUAGCUAAAUUCUACAAUGUUAUCCUCCAAAAAUACGAUUAUAUAAACAGCAUUUUAGAAAUAAAAAUAUUCCUGCAUUUCCUUUUAUAUUAACCAUUCGGUUCAUGACUGUGAAGAUUCUAAACUAAUCUUACUUAUAAAACAUACUUAAAUUAUACUACAAACUAAACUAUACAAUUUAAUAUUUAGGAAAGUUCAUGGGUUGCAUCUACAAAAUAAAUAUAAAGAUGAAUAUAGGAGAAUGAUCGAUUUAAGAUCCGAGUUUCAUAUUACAAUAAUCUGAAAGAAGUCUAUUCAUAACUUUUAUACAAGCUGUAUAAGUUUCCCAUCUUUUUCUGUUUUUUUUGUUUCAUAAAAAUAUCAUUCUUGUGUGUUUUAAUGUAACUUUACAACUUCUGUAUCUACAUAUAUAAAUUUAUGAAAUGUAUUUUAUAUAUUAAAGUAUGAUUAUUUUUAUUAUUAAAAUGUGUAAAAACUCAAAACUACCUUCUUCCUGAAAAACAUAGAGAAACAUAUGCACUAUAAGAAUUCACUUGUGAAAACUCAAGACUUGUCUUGGAACAUUUCCAUCUCUAUAUUGACUUGUGCAUUUACUAUCUAAAUCAUAAAAAGCAUAGUUAGUAGAAAAAAUAUUUGAUUUCGUUAUAUGUGUGUUUAAUGACUAAAUUGUUUCUAAAUGAUGUUUUUCUCUAUUAAAAAAAUCACCACCCAAACAAGCCAAUAUAGUUAGCCCGUUUAAAUUGUUAAUUUCAACACAAUUCUACUCACAAGCUUAUUAUAAAAACUAAUUAUCAUGUUAUCUCUCCUAAAAAAUUAAUUUUUUUUGGCUUAAUAAAAAGCUGUUUCGUGUCUAACCAUAUAGAAAUCCAAAAUACCAUCAAGA